AUGGCCACCCUCCACCAGUACGACUUCCUCUUCGCCGUCGGCACCAUCUUUGCCUUCCUCGACGCCUGGAACAUCGGCGCCAACGAUGUCGCAAACUCGUGGGCCAGCUCCGUCUCCUCGCGCUCCGUCUCCUACCUGCAGGCCAUGCUGGGCGCCUCCGUCAUGGAGUUCAGCGGCGCCCUCGGCGUCGGCGGCCGCGUCGCCGACACCAUCCGCACAAAGGUCGUCGACAUCCACGCCUUCGACGGCCAGCCCGCCCUCCUGAUGCUCGGCAUGGUCUGCGCCGUCAUCGCCUCCAGCUGCUACCUCACCAUGGCCACCCGCCUCGGCAUGCCCGUCUCCACAACCCACUCCAUCCUCGGCGGCGUCCUCGGCAUGGGCGUCGGCGCUCUCGGACCCAACGCCGUCACCUGGGUCGGCUACCACCCGGACGGCUCCGUCGACAUCAGGGGGGGCGUAGUGCAGGUCUUUCUCGCGUGGAUCAUCGCCCCCGUGUUGUCGGGCGCCUUUGGCGCCAUCAUCUUCCUCGCCACAAAGUACGGCGUCCUGCUGCGCUCCAACCCGACGGCCAGGGGCCUCGUCCUCGUCCCCAUCUACUUCUGGGUCACGGCCUCGCUCAUCGUCAUGCUCCUCAUCUGGAAGGGCGGCGACUACUCGGUCAACCUGCGCGACGGCCAGAUCCCCGGCGUCAUCAUCGCCGCUGGCGCCGGCUGGGGCCUCCUCAUGGCCCUCUUCCUCGUUCCCUGGCUCUACCGCGUCGUCGUCAAGGAGGACUGGCAGCUCCGCGCCUGGCACAUCUUCCAGGGGCCCUUUUUGCUCCGUCGCGGCCCCGUCCCGCCGCCCCCGGCCGACUUCCAGGGCAUCGUCCGCAACUUUUACGAGGGCCACUUGACCCGCGACGAGCUCGACGCUCGCCGAGCCCGGUAUGCCGCCGCCGACGACCUCGAGGGCCAGGGCCAGGGCCACGCCGCCGCCACCAAGGAGGACAAGGUCGCUGCCGGCUCCGGUGCUUCGGCCCGGAGCGUCGACCCCGCCGACACGGCCGCCGCCACCGACGCCCCGCGGCCGCACAAGUCGCUCAUCGGCCCCAAGCCCGACGGCCCCUGGUACUCGGGCGCUCAUGUCUGGUGGUUCCUAAAGUGGCUCGUCCUCCGCGGCGUCGACCAGGACGUCGUCAGCUCCCAGAGCGAAAAGUCGGUGCUGGCCGGCGACGUCGAGGAGAUCCACGCGCACGCCAGCCACUUCGACAACCGCGCCGAGUUCCUGUACACUUUCCUUCAGGUCAUGACGGCCGCCGCCGCCUCCUUCACCCACGGCGCCAACGACGUCGCCAACGCCGUCGGCCCCUAUGCCUCCAUCUACCAGAUCUGGCGCACCGCCGAGAUCCCCGGCAAACAGUCCAACGUGCCCCUUUGGAUCCUUGCCUUUGGCGGCACCGGCAUCGUCCUCGGCCUCUGGACGUAUGGCUACCACAUCAUGCGCAACCUCGGCAACCGCGUCACCCUCAUGUCCCCUGCCCGAGGCUUCUCCAUGGAGCUGGGCUCCGUCAUCACCGUCAUCAUGGCCACCCGACUUGAGCUCCCCGUCUCCACCACCCAAUGCAUCACGGGCUCCAUUGUCGGCGUCGGCCUCUGCAACGGCGACUGGCGUGCCAUCAACUGGCGCAUGGUGGCGUGGAUCUACCUCGGCUGGUUCAUCACCGUCCCUGCUGCCGGGCUGAUAUCGGGCAUCCUCAUGGGCUUCAUCACCUACUCUCCUCACUGGUGA